AUGUGGCGUUUUCUGAUUGUUGGACUUCUCAUAUCUGUUGCAUGGGCCAUCAAAUUGGAAAAAUGUCGACGUGGAGCCCUUCCUCUUGACAUACGGUCAACCACAUGCAACGACACCAUUUGUGAAGUCUCAAAAUCCGUUCCAGUUGGUUUUGAAUUGGAUCUCAAAGCUCCAAAUGACACAAUUUUCGUCUUCCCAAGCGUUUUGCUCCUCUAUAAAUUACCAGAAGGUAAUAGAGGAGAGAUUGGUGUUGAGAUUGACAUGAGCCGAGGAUGUGACUACCUAAUAUCGCAUUCUUGUCCCCUAACCAAAGGAGAUAUUAUUACAUGGGCUUUUGAUUGGGACUUUCUUCCAGAUGAACUUUUUCCAGUUGAAGGCGACGAUGUCAGAUUCCGAGCUGAAAUUAUUUUAUAUGACAAAAAUGUGGAUAUAAUGACGUGUUUUAGGAUUAAUCUUGUUACCACUAAAUAA